AUGCUACUUGAUGCUAUGGUUGGCCAUAACCGAACCCAUAGCCAAAACGUGGUGGAUUUAGCCAGUAUCAACGAAACCCCCGGAGAUAUGCCUGCUCCGUCCAAGGAGAAGAAACAGGGCGAGGCCAAUGGCCAAGCCGCCAAUGGAAAUAUCCCACCCCCAAAGACAGACAAGCCUCGGCCCCAUGUCUGCACCACCUGCGGUCGCUCCUUUGCGCGACUGGAGCAUCUGAAGCGCCAUGAACGUUCGCACACAAAGGAAAAGCCCUUCGAGUGCCCCGAUUGCGCCCGGUGCUUUGCUCGCCGUGACCUGUUGCUUCGCCAUCAACAAAAGCUGCAUAUGACGACAACGCCAUCUUCUCGUCCGAGGAAUGGCCGUCGUGAAAGCACUGGUGCAGCAGCCCCGGGCGGUGCUAAUCGGGUUCGUAAGAACUCCAUCGCUAACAAUUCCUCCACAUCUUCCAUGCGUCCCAGAGCGAACACAAUCAGUCACAUUGAUGGUGCCGGAUUGGGAAUCGCUAACUCGGGCAACCCAUCUUCUGCCCCAACCCCCUCAGGGCAUGCGUAUCACCCCAGCCUGGGUUCGCUCCCAUCAAACAUGGAUUAUCGCGGUUUCAGCUCCGGUCAUACCCACCAGAACGGUCUGGCUAAGAUUGAGACUUCAGGAUUGCCCAUUGACAUGUCAGGUGGAAUGCGAACAGCGCCUGUGUAUGGGAGCUUUGAUUUCGGCAUUGACGGUAUGCUGAUGGGCCAUGGAAGCACAAUCAAUCCCGCGCAAUUACACUUCGCAGGUUCUCCCCAGGGUUUUGGUGACUCCCCUUCUUCCCCAUUCGGCCAUCAUCCCCAUGGCAUGCACCCCGCCACGGACCCCAUGAUGGACGAGGAAAUGAAUUUUGACUGGAUGAACGGCUUCGACACGGCCGUGGCUUUAGGGAAUGGAAACGACUCGGUAAUCGACGAGUCAUCGCCGUCGGCCAUGAGCACAGGUAGUCAGAGCGGCAUCAGCGAGGCCAUGCUAGAUGGCCCAAACCGCAUUCCGAUGUCUAAUGGCUGGCACAACCCAUUCCCUAUGCACAACUCGGCCUCCGCCAACCAGUUUGCGACAAUCGACUUCUCGCCGACCACAUUGAACGACUUGGGGAUCCAGCCGGAGACAGUAUCGCCCAAGGCAUUGAUGGCCCAGAACCCGUUUGGAGAGACAUAUGCUACCCCUCCAUCCAUGACUUCGGUCGGCCAGCCCAUCGUGGGGGGACAUUCGCAGAGUAUGUUAUCAUCCUCUAUGGCAACAAGCGGAGAAUCUCCUAAUCCUCUCAACGUUCCUUUCCCGAAUAGUGCCCUACGAAAUCAACAUUCCCCACUCUCAACGGAUACAUUUACAGACUCCACACGACAGGCUCUAUUAGCGAGCAUGUCGCAACCCACUGGCUUCAAUCACCGCAAGUAUUCUCAACCCGCAAGUGGACUCCUAAACAGCCGAGAACUAUUCGCCCGCUCGACUGGCUUCAACAGCUCCGGUCAACUGCCUAGUACCUCCGAUUUGCAACGAUAUAUCUCGGCCUAUCUAAACUACUUUCACCCGCACUUGCCCUUUCUUCACACCCCGACCCUCAACUUUCAGGCCCCUGAAUAUACCAAUAAUCUGCGCACGCCAAGCGGACACCUCAAUCUCAGUUCGACUGGUGUUUCAGGUGGAGGAGGCUGUUUGAUCCUCUCAAUGGCUGCCAUCGGGGCAUUAUAUGAACAUGACCCAGCGGCCUCUAAGGAACUAUUCGAGGCCGCAAAGAAGAUGAUUCAACUGUACCUAGAAGAGCGCAGAAAGGCCGAUAUGUCUGCAGCUCUGAAUCGUUCAAACAUUAGUCGCGACAACUCGGUUCACACGACACCGCUCUGGCUGGUACAAGCGAUGCUGUUGAAUGUGAUAUAUGGCCACACAUGUGGGGACAAGACAUCAGCAGACAUCGCUAGCACACACUGCGCAGCACUGGUCAGCUUGGCUCGUGCAGCUGAAUUGACACACCACUUGGACCCGAAAAAUCUACCACAGGACCAUCUCACGGCUGGAAUCAAUGGUUCGAAUGAUUCUGAAAAUUGGAUGUCUUCAUCGUUCAGCCAACCAAAGGAAAGACGAGACUGGCUGAACUGGAAGGUGGUCGAAGAACGAAAGCGCACUCUUUACGCGAUUUUCACCCUUUCCAGUUUCCUAGUGUCGGCAUAUAAUCACGCGCCAGCUUUGACAAAUUCCGAGAUUCGACUUGACCUACCCUGUGAAGAAGACCUUUGGGCUGCCGAAUCUCCCCAGGCGUGGAAAAAGAUGGGAGGCCAGACUGCCUCAAAGAAAAGUGUCUCGUUUUCAGCUGCUCUGACCUCCCUUCUCACAGCCAGCCAACGACAGCAACAAAACCAGUCCCAGAAUCUCUUUUUCAGUGGUGGCAGCACAGAUGAUCCAAUAAAUGCCGAAAAUCGUCCUAGCACAUUCGGCUGUCUCGCUCUUAUAUAUUCACUUCACAAUUAUAUAUGGGAAACUCGACAACGGCACAUGGGUCGACAAUGGACUGCACAGGAGACCGAGGCCAUGCAAUCACACAUCGAACCCGCACUACGAGCGUGGCAGGCAGCCUGGGCAAGUAACCCGGUGCACAGCCUCGAACGCCCGAAUCCUUUUGGUGCUGGGCCUUUGUCGGCUGAUAGUAUCCCGUUACUUGACUUGGCGUAUGUCCGACUAUUUGUUAAUCUGGGUCGAACAAAAGAGGCAUUCUGGCAACGAGAUUGGAACGGCAUGGCAGAUGAACUAGCACGUGGUGGCGAGGUUUUCCAACAAAUCGACACAGCUAUGGGCGACGUGCCCCUAGAUCCAUCUCUUACUGGGUCACUCGAUGACCGAAGGGAAUCGAUCAAUGAUCUAGGGGUUGCAGAUCUCGCAAUCUCAAAAACGCCUACUCAAGAACAGCCAAUGCAGUCCUUAUCGAGUGUGUACAACAUCGGCCAGUCCAAGCGUGAAAAGAACCUACGCAAAGCAGCUUUCUACGCCGCUGACUCUAUUUCCAUGUCGGAUCGACUGGGCAACACAUUUGCCGAGUUUACAUCAAGGGAACUCCCCAUCCAGUGCGCGAUGUGUGUCUUUGACUGCUCACAGGUGCUGGCUGAGUGGAUCACUACAGUUCAAGAACGGGUCGGGCCCUACCUCGGUAUCCUGGGUCAAGAUGAUCUCGACCUAACCCAGGUGCCUGGUGUCAUGUUGCUUGAGGACGAAGAUUGCAAGCUAGUGGACAAAAUCAAGGAGAUUCUUAAUAAUGUGGAGACCAAGAUGCAGCGCCAGGUACAGAACAACAACUCUAUGUCUGCGCUGAGUGUUAUGCAACGUCUGCCAAGUGUGGUGGAAGGAGGAUACGGAUGUAAAAUAUUGAUUGCCACGGCAAGCCUAUUGGACCGGGCUGCCGUCUGGCCAGUGACGAAACUGAUGGUCCGCUCUCUCGAGGCACAGGCCAUGCGAAUGAAAGAGCGAGCUGAGAACUCCGUUAUGAUGACCACCUAA